ACAAGCUUGCCGAAUGUACGCCGGCUGACGACGGGGUUCUGACGGGUCCAGCUAAGAGAGUCCACUUUACCUCAAACUCUUCACCGCUAUCAACUUUAAUUUAUCAGUGGGCUGUCCACAGACGACCAUGUCUCCUCCUCGGCUCACUGGAGCCUUGCGCUCCUUUUCUACUGUCAGCAAACAGGAGGAUUUAACGCAAGACAUUUAUGAUCUAAAGAGCAAGCGCCUGAAACGGCAGGAAGUAUUUGCCCAAGAUGGCCUGACAUGGCAGAAGAUAGUUCAGUUCUUCACACAACAUCUGGAGAAGAAAGAUCAGCCGGCGGCCACUCAUGAGUUAAAGAAUAUUCUCCAAGCAGCCAAACAGAUCGUUGGUACAGAUUAUGGGCAGGACACCAUUGAAAGUGCGGGAGGCUUCUUGUUUAAAAUAUUCCACAACAAAGACCAGAUCGGUCACGAGGAAACCAGGGCCAUAAAACAGAUGUUUGGACCUUUUCCGGGUUCUGCUGCCGAGUUGUCUUGUGCAGCUGUGGGUCGUUUAGUGGCCCAGAUCGGAGAAUCUCAGGUGGAUGCUUUCAUCCAAACACAGAGUUCUCUCAAGACAGUGAACCGUAGUUCUAUCUUUGGACGGAACAUUGCUUUCUCAUUUGACACAUAUGUGCUGGAUGCUCAGGAUCCUCUGCCCCGGUCAGAGGGGAGUGAUACGGAGCAGGACAUGGACUUUCACAGCUUCCUCAAUAACCACGUUGGUGAGCGGAAGGCUCGGGGUGACCGAGAUGAUGCUUACUCGGCAGAAGAACUGGAGCGGAGAAACGCAGACAGCUCCAUCCUGAGACAAGAGGUGGAGAAAUACCUGAAUGAGGGAAAUAUGCUAUCGUCCAGUGCUGAAGAGCUCUCCACCUCUCUUUUUGAGAUGCUUGCCUCCACAAAGAGUGAUGACGAACUACAAAAUGAGCUGUUUGAGCUUCUAGGUCCUCAGGGGUUUGAGAUGAUCUCCAAACUCCUUCAGAGAAGGUCAGACAUCGUGGACUCCCUGGUGUCCAUCCCGUUGGAUAGCAGACCUCACUACAAUUCAGGUGAGCUCAGUAGCAACUUCACAGCAUAAACAUGGCAAAUAUCUCCUCUUGUUUAGUUUGACAAGUUUAGACACAUUAUCACAAUUUUUCUAUGGUUUAGAAUAAUUGAAAUGUCAUCGAAUAACACAAAUUGAAAUGUAGGGAAACACCACAAUAGUCAGUGACUUGAAAGUAAAGCUCCCACAUUUAUAUUAUAGAUAAAUUGAUUUCAGUAUAAACUUUAAGACAGACCUACCAUGUUCAAAUGGUGCUUUUUGUGUGUAAUUGUCAAGUUCCAUCUGAAAAAUUACAGUACCUGUAAUCUUGAAGAGAUGUACCUUAAAUCAGAAAAGUCACUGUUACCGGUUACUG